AUGGACUCGAGCUUCUCCUCAAUCUCCUUCCAAUCCUGGCCCUUCUCCUUCAACACCUCCUCCCUGGGCCGGGCCGCCCCAAACGGGUUGCUGGACUUGGGCUUAGCGGAGCCCAAAACCUCAUCUUUCUGCCCCUCACCUACCGGCAAAGUCCUCGGCUGCAAAUUCAAUUUGGGCCGGCCACCAACAAUACCCACACUCGAUUCAUCUCUUUUCCUCCCCCAAGUCUCAGAGUCCGCAUCAGAACCCCCUCUUCUAUUGCUCAAGCUAUCAAAAGAACCUCCGACUCUCGGUCUCUCCUCUUCCUUCCUUUUCAGCCAAUUGUCCGAAUCCGAGCCGCUGUUGCCCGAUUCCAAACCAAACCCAACUCUUUUCUCAUGCCUUCUGGGCUCCGACGGAACGAAGCUCUUCUUCGAAGCCCAAUUGUCGACCUCGUCCGCACAAACCCCCUCUCUCUCCCCUCUCCCUUCUUUCGCCAAAUCCGGCCGUCGACCUCUUCCCGGUCGCCCAAUUGUCGGUCUCAUCCGCCCUAGACGGCGUAAAUUCGCGGCUGGGCUCGCGGUUAAAGCCUCCCCCACGGCGGGGCUGCUCGUCCCUGAUCCCGGCGCCGUAGUUCCUAAACCCGCCGCCGAGCUUCCCCCGAUCGAGCUCCUCGGCCGUCCGCUGGCGGGGGCCGGUGGGGAGGGCCAGGAGCUCGUCCUGCGUGAGGCCCUUACCCUGGGCGGCCUCCGGCUUGAAGAAUUCCUGGAGGGGCAAGGCCUGCUGCUUCUUCUUCUUCUUCGUCUUGGCGGCGCUGAGCGACGGAAAAUCUCCGCCGGCCGCCGCUCCGUCCUCCUGGUGUUGCUUGAGGAGCUCCGACUCGUUCUCUUCGGCGUCGAGGGCCCACGCGCCUGGCUUCGCCCACGCGCUAACUGCUGCCGCCAUAAUUUUUAA